UGUCCUACGUGUAAAGCUCCGACCAAGCUACCUGCCGGUGGGGUGGAAAACCUUCAGAUGAACUUCUACCUCUCCGAGGAAAAGCUGGAGAAUGAGCGCAGGGUUAAAGGUCAUGAAACGUGUCCUGUCCAUGACAACGAGCACGUGACUCUGUACUGUCAGGAGUGCGACCAAGUCAUGUGUAUAAGAUGUAAGGUCACCACACACGACGGACACCUGUCUGAAGACAUCACCAGCACCCUUCUUCGAUGUAAGAAGCAGAUAGAAAACGAUCUACAUUAUUUGGAUGACUGCAUUCAACGUACAACACAAAGGGCAGAAAUGUUUCAAAACAACGAAAAGAGAGCACAAGAGAAGAGAGAGGCGUUGGCCAAACAGAUUCAAGCCAGAUAUGACAAAGUUGUGACCAUGGCAGGAUUCCUUCGAGACCAAGCACUGCAAAAACUCGAAAUUCGAGAAGAGAGAGAAGAUCGGACGGACUGGAAGAAGAACUGGCUGCUGAUACAAGACGGAUACAAGACACAUUGA